UUAACGAUUCUCUUUUUAUCCACAGAUAUUCGACGUGGUUUACACUAUCAGUGGUAUGUCAUCGGUGUGCCAGUGAGUAGCAAUGGAGAUGACGCAUCAAGGCGGCGCGGAGGCCGAGAGCCUCCUGCGACCCGACCAGAGGAGCGGCGUCGUCAUGCCGCAAGGACGAUCUGGACGCUGGGAGUCGGGAGAGAGUGAAAAGCUCCCGUUCCUACGCAACGAGCCGGUGAGAUUGACACCCGCGUGGGAGGGAUCCAACCUCCCCAAUGAUACACUCAACUUAAAAGGUAUUGCUAUGGACUUGGCUCCGCCGAAGGAUAGAUGGUAUUUGAUAUACUUGACUCUCAUUUUACACGGAUUGGGAACAUUAACAGCUUGGAAUAUGUUUAUUACCGCUACUGAUUACUUUGAUAAAUACAAGCUGGCGAACGCACCUAACCUCUCCCAGAGAUAUCUGACGUACGUUGGAUGGGCUUCACAAAUGCCUAACUUACUCUUCAGUUGGUUCAAUGUCUUCGUUAAGAUCGGUGGUAACUUGACCACACGUAUUGUAUGGUCACUGAUAAUGGAAGUGAUGGUGUUUGUGGUGACCGUCAUGCUGGCCAUGGUGGACAGUAGCGAGUGGACAGUCAUAUUCUUCUGGAUCACUAUAUGUACAGUUUUUAUACUGAACGCAUUCAACGCGGUAUUCCAGAAUUCAGUAUACGGUGUAGCGGCUCGUCUUCCCCCGCAGUAUACAGGUGCGGUGGUGCUCGGCUCCAACAUCUGCGGCACGCUGGUCACAUUACUCAAAUGGCUGUCAGAUACCUUCACUUCAAGCAGACGGACGUCCGCUAUAUACUACUUUAUAGCAGGAAUGUUUGUUCUGCUUAUAUGCUUUGAUACAUACUUCGCGCUGCCGUUGAAUAGGUUCUACCGCUACCAUGAGACAUUACAAGAGAGGACAAUGCGUGUGAACCCAGCUUUAGCGGCGACCAAUCAGAACACGAGCCCGGCCAAGCAACGCACGCCAUAUGGCACAAUAUUCAAACAAGCCUGGAUACAACUUUACAAUAUAUUUAUUAUUUUCUUCGUUACUCUUUCUGUGUUCCCUGAAGUACAAUCUAAGGUACAACCAAUAACGCCGGGUUUCCUCGGAGAAAACUUUACGAGGCUGACUUGCUUUUUGACUUUCAACUUGAUGGCAAUGAUUGGAAACCUUACAGCUAGUUUUUGGCAAUUUCCAAAUCCGAAAUGGUUGUGGGUGUUUACGACAAUUCGUAUCGCUUUCAUUCCUGUGUUCCUGGUGUGUAACUAUUUGCCGGAAGAGCGCACGCUGCCGGUGUUGGUGCGCGCUGAUUGGCUGUAUUGGUUGUUGGCAGCACUGCUCGGCUGGAGCUCCGGACAUGGCAGCUCGCUCGGCAUGAUGUAUGUCAGUGGUACGGUGGCUCCCGAGAACGCGUCAACAGCUGGCAUGAUAGGUGGCGCGAUGCUGGUAACCGGUAUUGUGUCCGGCAUCACAUUCUCCGGAACCUUCAGGGAUGUUGUCUCUCUGAAGGUCUGGUCGACCCUUUAGCGGUCACUGUCACACGCUGGAACCUUCUGGAACUUUCUAGCGAGACGUAUCGGACAGUGAUGUGUACUGAUGAAGAGGUUUACAUGUGAAAUCUUUAAGAGAUGUGUCAAUCAGGUCGACAAGUGAUGUGAAAAGUGGAUUGUGAAGUGUAUUUAAUAAGUGAUAUUAUGGAAGAUAGUGUUUAGUGAAUGAUACAAAUGGAUUAACCGUUGGAUUUAUAAAGGUAAAUAAAAUACUGAUGUUAUUUCGAUUUACACACAUGUAUUAUAUAUUUCAAAUAUGUUAGUGGCUUGGAAUAUUGUACAAGUCGCUGUACAGAAUACAUAGUAAUAGCGAGGAACAUCCAUACA